AUGGCUGACAACUUUCUCAGCCCCAAUCCAAACCCCACACAUCCGGACUCCCGUCCGCGGGCCGUCAGCGAUGCCGACACCAUCACCCCCGACGGGACCAAUCCUUUCUUGACACCGUCCGGCACAACUGCUGCCCCCAGUGCCGCCCCAAGCUUCGUUCUUGAGGAUCCAGACUCGGCUCUUCACCCAGACCCUGGAACAGAGCACGACUUUCGCGUCGACAACAAUCCCUUCGCGUUUUCCCCCGGCCAGCUGAACAAGCUCUUCAAUCCCAAGUCUCUAUCGGCAUUCCGAGCUCUUGGCGGUCUCCAGGGAAUCGCGCGGGGCAUCCAGACCGAUGUACGCAGCGGACUCAGUGUUGACGAGACCGGCGUCAAGUCCACAGUCUCGUUCAGCGACGCCGUCGACUUUGAUUCCAAACCUGCGACGCCAACAGAGAGGCACGCGACCACAUCUUCAACACCAUUCGCCGAUCGCACGCGCAUUUACGGUCGCAAUGUCCUCCCACCGAAGAAGGGCAAGUCUAUCUGGAGGCUCAUGUACAUUGAGCUCAGCGAAAAGGUCAUCAUUCUCUUGACCGUCGCUGGUAUCAUCUCUUUGGCACUGGGUUUGUACGAGACUUUGGGUGUCGAAAGGCCGGCAGGCUCGCCGGCAUCGGUCGACUGGGUAGAGGGCGUGGCCAUUUGCGCCGCAGUCAUCAUCGUCGUCGUCGUCGGUUCCCACAACAAUUGGCAGAAAGAACAGGCAUUCGUGCGAUUGAACACCAAAAAGGAUGAUCGUCAGGUCAAAGUCAUUCGGUCAGGCCGAUCUCUCAUGAUCAAUGUGAAUGAGAUUCUCGUCGGAGAAGUUCUUCAUCUUGAGCCGGGAGACAUGGUGCCUGCCGAUGGUAUUCUGAUCGAAGGCCAGGACUUGAAGUGCGAUGAAUCUUCGGCUACUGGCGAAUCCGACGUCCUCAAGAAGACCGCCGGUGACCAGGUCAUGAAGCUUCUCGACACAAAGCACGACAACCUCGACGACCUCGACCCAUUCAUCAUUUCUGGCUCGAAGGUGCUUGAGGGUAUGGGCACGUAUGUUUGCACUUCUGUCGGAGUGCACAGCAGCUUCGGCAAGAUCAUGAUGUCUGUUCGCUACGAUGUCGAAGCCACUCCCCUGCAGAAGAAGCUGGAAGGUCUUGCGGUUGCCAUCGCUAAGUUCGGUGGAGGCGCAUCCGCCUUGAUGUUCUUCAUUCUUCUUUUCCGAUUCCUCGCGACUUUGCCAGAGGAUCACCGAUCGCCAGCAGACAAGGCGUCUACUUUCAUGGAUCUGCUUGUCGUCGCAAUUGCGAUCAUCGCAGUCGCAGUGCCCGAAGGAUUGCCACUGGCCGUCACCCUCGCCUUGGCUUUUGCGACCACCAAGCUCCUGAAAGAGAACAACCUCGUCCGAGUGCUCCGCGCCUGUGAGACCAUGGGCAACGCAACAACCAUUUGCUCAGACAAGACGGGAACGCUGACAACGAACAAGAUGACAGUGGUAGCCGGAACGUUCUCGACGACAAGCUUCACAGCUCUGGCGCAAUCCGACCGCAAAAAGUCUACCGAUGGCACCGUCCCUGUUUCUACAUGGGCCUCAUCUGCACCCACGGCAACCAAAGAGCUGAUUGUGCAGUCAGUUGCGGUCAACUCGACUGCCUUCGAAGGCCAAGAAGAUGGCCAGGCUACUUUCAUUGGAUCCAAGACUGAAACAGCUCUGUUGUCUCUGGCCAAGGACCAUCUGGGCCUGCAAUCGCUGGCAGAGGCUCGCGCCAACGAACAUGUUGUGCAAAUGUUGCCUUUCGACUCGCGGAGAAAAUGCAUGGCUGCUGUGAUCAAGCUUCGCGACCCCAACAAAGGCUACCGUCUUCUGGUCAAGGGAGCUUCGGAAAUCCUGCUCGGGUACUGCUCGUCUCAGGCUAACUUGGAAACCUUGGACGAGGAGCCCCUGGAUUCGACUCAACGACAAGCCCUACAGAACACCAUCAACCAGUAUGCCAGUCGAUCAUUGAGGACGAUUGGCCUUGUCUACAAGGAUUACCCACAAUGGCCACCUGCCGGAAUGCCUUCGGAGGACGGCCAUGUCAAGAUGGACUCUCUGCUGUCUCUUUCCGACCUUACCUUUCUCGGAAUUGUUGGUAUUCAGGACCCCGUUCGACCGGGCGUGCCUGAUGCAGUCCGCAAGGCCCAACAUGCCGGUGUCACUGUUCGUAUGGUCACGGGCGAUAACGUCAUUACGGCACAGGCUAUUGCAACGGAGUGUGGCAUUUACACGGGCGGCGACGGCGUGAUCAUGGAAGGACCUGUUUUCCGCAAGCUGUCUGAGGGUGACAUGAACGCUAUUCUCCCAAAGCUUCAGGUCUUGGCUCGUUCAUCCCCGGAGGACAAACGAAUUCUCGUCACCAGAUUGAAGGCCCUGGGAGAGACGGUAGCGGUGACUGGAGACGGCACGAAUGACGCCCCAGCUCUGAAGGCUGCUGAUGUCGGAUUUUCUAUGGGUAUUUCCGGAACCGAGGUCGCUAAGGAGGCGUCGGCUAUUGUUCUGAUGGAUGACAACUUCACUUCCAUUGUGACAGCUCUCAAAUGGGGCCGUGCAGUCAACGACGCUGUGCAGAAGUUUCUCCAGUUUCAAAUCACUGUCAACAUCACAGCAGUUAUGCUUGCCUUCAUCACAGCCAUGUACGACGACCAUAUGGAGCCUGUACUUAAAGCCGUCCAGCUGCUUUGGGUCAAUUUGAUCAUGGAUACCUUCGCUGCCCUCGCGCUUGCAACCGAUCCUCCGACCGAGAAGAUUCUUGAUCGGCCUCCUCAACCCAAGAGUGCUCCUCUGAUCACCAUUAACAUGUGGAAGAUGAUUAUCGGCCAAGCAAUUUUCCAGCUCGUCAUCACUAUCACGCUGUACUUUGCUGGUCCAGAGAUUCUCAACUACGAUCGUAACAGUGAAGACGAGAUGCUGCAACUCGAUACGAUCAUUUUCAACACUUUCGUUUGGAUGCAAAUUUUCAACGAAUUCAACAACCGUCGCCUGGAUAACAAGUUCAACGUCCUAGAAGGUGUUCAUCGUAACCAAUUCUUCAUCUUCAUCAAUCUUCUGAUGGUUGGUCUGCAAGUUGGCAUCGUCUUCGUCGGUGGCCGUGUGUUCGAGAUCAAGGAGGGAGGUCUCAAUGGAAGCCAGUGGGCUAUUUGCCUUGUUGUCGCCUUCAUGUCCAUGCCUUGGGGAGUUGUCGUACGCAUUUUCCCCGACAUUUGGUUCGAGAAGGCGGCCAAGUUCGUCGGCAGGCCCUUCGUCAUCGUCUACAGAAUCCUCGGAAAGGGCUUCUCAGCGAUCGGAAGGCUCUUCAGGCGCAGGCCUAAGGCGAAGGAUACCGAAAGCACCGACAUACCUGCAACUGUGGUGAUCGCUCCACCCGAGGAGAAAGGCCAGGAGAGGGGAUAA